AUGAAUGCAAAUGAUGGUGGUGAUGAUGAUGAUGAUGAUGCUUUCAAGAUUGUCAAGCCGACAUUUCUCAAGAAAUCAAAAAGACAAAAAUUGAUCAAGGAGAAAGCAAACAAGUUGAAAGAGGAAGAAUUGAUGAAGAAACAACAAUUAGUAGAGUCAAUAAAACAAAAAAAGGCCAAAAAGCUACUACUAGAACGGCAGAUAAGUACAAACGCUAUCAGUGAUUCUCAGAAACCGGUCAAGAAGCCAAGGGCCAACAGAGAUUCUAAACACAAGAAGUUUGCAUUCGAAUGGAAUAAUGAAGAUGAUACUUCUUCGGACUACCAACCAUUGGUGGCGUACAAUUCUGUCGAUAGUGGUAUUCAGAAAUCAUUAUCGAAAAAAUUGAAUUGGGAUGAUAAGCAUUGGACAGAAAAAUCAUUGGAUGAAAUGACCAGUCGAGAUUGGCGUAUCUUGAAAGAAGAUUUUGAGAUUGGCUCCAAAGGUUCAAUCGCCGAAAAUCCGUUGAGAAGCUGGAAGGAAUCACAGAUUCCUGAAAGAGUGUUGGGCGUCAUAGAUCUCCUAGGAUAUAAGCAACCUACCCCAAUCCAGCGAGCUGCCAUUCCUAUCGCCCUCAAUAAUAAAGAUGUCUUGGGGAUUGCGGAAACAGGGUCUGGUAAGACCCUUAGUUUUGUGGUACCACUUCUAUCAUAUCUCAACAAUUUACCUAAAUUAAAUUCCAAGACAAAAAACGAUGGCCCAUAUGGGUUAAUUUUAGCACCUACCAGAGAAUUAGCCCAACAAAUCCAUCUUGAAGUCACCAAGUUUACUAAACAUUUGCGAUAUAAUGCUGUGGCGAUCUUUGGGGGCCACCAGUUAGAAACUAAUGCGUUUGACAUGCAAGAUGGGGUGGAGAUCUUAAUUGCAACCCCUGGUAGAUUGCUAGAUUGCUUGGAUAGAAAGAUUUUAGUAUUGAACCAGUGCUUUUAUUUGGUGAUGGACGAAGCCGAUAGAAUGAUCGAUAUGGGAUUUGAAGAACAAGUGAAUAAGAUAUUAUCGGCAUUGCCGAAGAUCCAAACCACUUUUGGAAGCCAAGUGGCUCGUCGAUUGAAAAUAAAAAGAAACAUCACGAUGAUGUACACCGCAACCAUGCCUCCGGCGAUUGAAAAAAUGACCUCAAGAUAUCUCGAUCGACCAAAUACCAUUGUCAUUGGUAAUCCUGAAAAGGCUGCGGAUACGGUGGAGCAAAAGGUUGAGUUUGUAACUAACGAUGAAAUGAAGAACAGAAAGUUACUAGACGUCUUAAGUUCUAGAAAGUAUAGACCGCCAAUUAUCAUCUUUGUCAAUUACAAGAAAACCAUCGAGGCAUUGCAUGAAUUGAUUGAAUCGAAUACCAAAUUGAAGUCGGUGGUGAUCCACGGUUCCAAAUCACAAGACCAAAGAGAAUACGCCAUUAAAAGUUUGCGGAACGGCAAAUACGAUAUUUUAAUAGCUACCGAUGUUGCUGGAAGAGGGAUUGACAUUCCCAACAUUUCGCUAGUGAUAAAUUAUCAAAUGAGCAAAAACAUUGAGGAUUACGUCCAUAGAAUCGGUAGAACUGGUAGAGCGGGUAGCACAGGUACUGCGAUUACUUAUUUAAACGGUGAAGAUGAUAAAGCAGUGUUGUAUGACUUGAAAAAUAUGAUUGGGAAAUCCCAACUUAGUAGGUGUCCGGACGAAUUGAAAAGGCAUCCAGCGGCGAUGAUCAAGCCGAAUCAAUUCAAAGCUAUAAAUGAUUAA